AUGGCUUCAGUUAAGUUUCAGCAUUCUCAUGCAGAGAUAUUUGAAGUUGAUGUUGAAAUCGCCAAACAGUCUGUGACAAUCAAGACCAUCUUGGAAGAUUUGGGAAUGGAUGAUGAAGAAAAUGAUGGCCCAGAGCCUCUACCAAAUGUUCAUGCAGCAACGUUAAAAAAGGAGGAUGAGAACAAAGAAAAACGAAUAAAUGAUAGCCUUGUUUGGGACCAAGAAUUCCUGAAAAUUGACCAAGGAGCCCUUUUUGAGCUUUUUCUGGCAGCAAACUACCUCAACAUCAAAGGUUUGCUUGAUGUUGCAUGCCAGACUGUUGCCAAUAUGAUCAAAGGGAAAGCUCCUGAGGAGAUUUGCAAGACCUUUAAUAUCAGAAAUGACUUUGCUAAAGAGGAUGAAGCCCAGAUAUGUAAGGAGAAACAGUGGUGUGAAGAGAAGUAA